GUUCCUGCUCUGCUUGCUCCCAUGGCGCACAAGACAUUCGGCGCGCUGCGUAUAGCAGCUUUGCCUCUCACAAGAACCCAGCCCAGGAUAACGUAUCACAGUUUCCGUGUCAUCACACCGCCCUCGCCGUCAACAAGCGAUCACGAGAAACCGCAGCCUAAAGGCUGGCUGCCCAGAGAAGGCGUUGUGAAAUGGGCCACGCACAAAGCCGAUAAUCUCUGGGUAUCUUGGGGCAAGGCGCCGGAGCGCUCCUGGAAGUUUCGUCUAUUCGAAUUCGGCGAACGCUUCCUCGACCGACUAGACUUUGAAGAGGGCGCCUUGAAGAAGAUCGAUAUCCAUCACGCUCCACCUUCGAGCCCUCCGCUGCCUCGGGACGGCGUCGAUGAAAAGGAACAGAUGGCGGCCUGGGAGCAACUCGAGGUACCGCUUCUAUAUCCACCGGGGGUGUACUCUGGCUCCGCUGCGGCGCUGAGCGACCUGCGUUCGCUCGUCGAACGUCGAAUUCCCUUACACAAUAGGGGAUUUUAUACGUUCCUGAUUAUCGCCCCACUGACCGCUCCGUUCAUGAUCAUCCCGGUGAUUCCUAACAUUCCGUUCUUCUUCUGCGCGUGGAGAGCAUGGUCGCACUAUCAAGGUUCGCCGAUUCUUGAGGGGCGGUGUUUAGUGCGCUGAAUGAGAUGGUCUAUCAGCUCUCCGCGGUGCCAGGCACGUUGAAGGGCUGCUGAAGCACCAGAAGAUUGUCCCUAGAGCGGAUGGUACCCUGAAUGCGGCAUACCCUGAAAUAGAUCCCUUGACAUCGGGUGAUGGCCCAGCGCUUGCUGUGACUCGCGACUCACUGGGAAAAGUCAUACAAGCCUCCAAUAUGGAGCCGGAUGAUGCGAAGGACCUGCUGCGGGCCUACGAGCAGGCGACAAUCCGACAGACACCACGAUGAGGUGUCAAACAGCCUCCGCCCCCGUGCAAUGUUGUAUUGUAACAGUGAUAGUGCGCGUGUCUCAGCUCAGUUCCCGGUCGAUCUUCAUGCCAACCUUUACGCACAGUGUAAUUCUAGAUGGAUCAAUUCGAUGUUACACUUCGCUGGCUAGAAAUGGCAUGGUUUCGCGCGCUGUUGCGAUUUUUCUGAUCCCAGGAGAGCCAGCAGCGCCCUCGUUCUAUUACCUAAGUAGUGCGCCAAAAUGACAAUCAAUCCACGCUGCGAAGGCCGCUGGGAACUUGAGGGGCUGAAUGUGGCUAGCGCAGGGCGAUCGUACAACGGCUAACGGACUGCCCGUCGGAUUUUCUGCAAGGCGCAGACGCGAACCACCAAUUCCUUUUUUCGUGUGUGUCAACGAUGAGUGGUUGUGGCGGAGAAGUUUCAUUUGUCCAGGCGAUUCUGUGCCAAUGAGCGGCAUCUCCCGAACAUGCUUCGGCGAAAUCCAUACUGUUGGCGAAAUGGCGAACAAGCGACCGAGACGGAAUCGGGAAACUUGGAGGUAGAGCGCCCGUAUGUCGACGGUGGGGCUCUGUCGAGACUGUGGAACUGACUGCACAAGCAACUCGAAUCCCUUUAUCUGCCAGGCAGGGACGAGCUAAAACAAGCUUGGAGCCUAUCCUUUCGAGCAGAAUUCGGCACGGAUCACACGACAUAACGAAGAGAACAUGGACCUUCAUGCGGGCUUAGUGUGGGGGACACGGAUGUCUCCGAUGAAGGAGGCUCCUCGGACUGGGCUCCAGCUUGGGCUGUUCCGGAUCGGGAUGGGAUCGCGAGCGCAAGUUUAAGUAAGAGCGAAGAAUCGUCGUGCAUGCAUUUCGUCGAACGCACGCUCCCAUGGCCCUUUUUCGCGCGUCGCCCGCCGUCAAGGACGUGCACGCCCUCCCCGUCGAGCUGCUUUCCUGCAUCUUCACGCUCGGCGCCCUCGAUCAACGCAGUGACUCCCCGUUUCUGCUGCGCCCGGACGAAGACGACUGUCCUGUGUCGGUGGAUUUCCAGCUGGUGGUCAGCCAGUCUGUCGGCAUUGGCGCCAGGUGGCCUUGCGGACAUCCAGUCUGUGGACUUUUCUUCAUUUCCGGGAGCCUUGCCAUGUUGCUCGGGCGGAGGAGUUUUUGAAACGGGCGUCGAAGAGUUACCCGCUGGACAUAGUGGUGGAUACCGUUUCACCGAUCGAGCAUAUUCCCGGAGUUACGCUUUGCCACGAAGAAAUGCGAGCUAUCUUUGCGCUGAUCACCCCGCACGUCGCUCGCUGGCACGCGUUCCAUCUCAAGGUUCGCGCUAAUGAGUGUAAGCUCGUCGCACGUCAAGCUCUAUCUACCUGUGGACCGGCCCCCAUGCUCGAGACCCUCCAACUUUAUCACUUUGAAGAUUACCGCACAUCACGGAACCUUUACAUCGCGACAUACCGCGCGCCGGUGAUCAUCUUCGACAAUGUGCUCCCCGCGCUGAAGAACGUGUCGCUCAUUGGCGUGAACCUGACGUGGUCGCACGCGCCGUACCUGCAGCAGCUACAUGCGCUCGAGCUUGCGCUGCACCCGGACAGCAUCCGCCCGCCAUACGACGCAUGGGAUGCCAUGCUCCGGGGGUCGCCCCACCUGCGGCAGCUGCGACUGCACUAUUCUGGCCCGCGCGCCACGGACGAGCCGAACGAGCGGGUCUGCGUUCCAGGCCUCGAGGAGCUCUCUCUGACCGAUCUUGAUCCGGACCACCUCGCGCGGCUGCUGCCUGCGCUGGAGCUUCCUCGGCUGUCGACGCUGGCCUUGGACUUGCCUGAUCAGGACUUCACGUCGGUUAUUCGCUUCAUCGCGGGUGUUCGUGAUCCCGGCGCGGGCCUGUCGCCGUCGUUCCCCAUUGCGUCGCUGCAGAUCCUGCGCAUAACGGCGCUCGAGUGCACACAGGAGGCGCUGUCUGUCUUCCUGCGCGCAUUGCUUUCGCUGCGCGUGCUGGAGCUGGACUUUGCGCGUCUCCCCGGCGAGACGUUCCGCGUGCUGCUCGAGACGGUCACUCCAGCAUGCAAGUGCUCCAAGCCAAUGGCGCCAGUCCCUGUCCUGCCCCGUCUCGAGGAGGCUCUCAUGUUUGGACUGCCGGGCCAGAGUCUGGACGAGUUCAUCCAGUUCCGGGAAUCCUGGGCAGCAUCUACGACCAGCUGCGGCGAACCGAGACAUGCAUGGCGCGUGACGCUCCCGAGAGUCGUCGUACGCCCUGGCCAUGCUCGGGGGCAGGAUGCAGUGCUGACGGAUCUGGUCGAGCAGGGGAAGGUAGAGUGCUUGGAUGACGGACUAGAGCUCGAGCUUGACGAGGAGGACGAUUUAGAACCUAGCGAAGACGGACACUUUGAUGAAAUUGAGACAUAAUCUACUUACUUUACUAUUACUACAUAAAUCGCCCUUGUGCUUUGACACAUACUACAAUCUGCGCGUAAGAACUGAAUUCUCGUCCCCCAUGGCGAUCGCGCUGCGUUGGGCAAUUGGCAGAUUCAGCUCCCGAUAAGGAGAGAGGCUUCAGCCACUCUCCCGGCUGUAGACCUGGCCAGACCGCGUCAGAGCCUGGGAGUAAUCUCAUCGAUGGCUUCCUGUCGGCACCGCCACGCUAAAUGACAUGGGGACGCACGGGACGGGCACGUGGCAAAAUCGCCGCCUCGCGUCAGGCACGCGGCCGAUCAUCUCAGAGCAGGUAGGGUGGUGCAACGUUGUGCGCUCCCUC